CUCGCUAAGUACAUACUCCAAUUCAAUUAAUAAACAACAAUUAUUCUCCCCAAAAGGUAUUACAGGAACAAAAUAUAGCAGAUAACUAUAAGAAAAAAGAAGAUUAAGCAUAUGUUGUGCCACAUGACUAAUAUAGUAAUGACUAAUAAUAACACCAAAAGAGAAAGGGACCCAAUUGGGAGGUUAACUUAGACUAAUCUCCUUGGGUUUAAAAUAUAAGGCGUGUCUCACAACGGCGAUGACGCAAGACCUUGGCAUCAUUAACCUCCGCCAAAUCCUCUUAUAGAUCCCCCCAAUCCUCCAUUAUCUCCCACUAGCGCGGCAAAUGAGCCGAGUCGAGUUUUAUCCCAAUUUGAGCUUGGCUCCUUAAUAAACGAAUCGAGCUCAGCUCGUUUAUUAACGAGUCGAGUCGAGCUUAAGCUAGCUUGUUUAUUAAAAUCGUAACUUUUAUUUGGUACUUCAUUUUGUAUAUCAUGAUACAUAGGAUUUAUUUUGUUAGUUAAUCUCAUCUUAUACUUUAUACUUUGUUGGUAUCAUAUAUCGUUUAGUUAAUAAAUUUUAACUACUCCAAAUCAUGUUAUUUCAUUCUAUCGAAGAAAUCUAUGAUGCAUAAUUUCUUUUUAAAGUAGAAAAUAAGAUAUAUUUGCUCACAUACUCAACGUGCAAAACUGUAUAUAUGGUGAGAUAUAUAAAUUAACAACCAUAUGAAUUAAAAUUAUAAGAUAUAGAUUGAUUCGUCCAUAAGUUGGUAAUCGAGUUGACUCUCUAGCCACAUGUUAAGACAUGUCAUGAGCUCUAAACGAGCCAGCUCAAGAGUUUAGAUCAACAAGCCACCGAGUCGAGCUAGCUUGCGAGCUUCACGAGCUUAACAAAGGUGAGCUCGUGUUCGGCUCGUUUAUUAACGAGCCGUGUUUCGAACGAGCUUUUCUCGAGUCGAACGUCGAGCCGCUCGCGAGCAGCUCGGCUCAUUUGCAGCCCUAUCUCUCACUCAUUACCAAGGUUGUUAACCACGGUCGACCCAUGGGUUUGAUCCGAAUUCGGUGGGGGGGGGGGGGGGGAAUGGGCGCGCCGCACGCGUUCGUUUUAGAUUUCUCUCUAAUUCGUUGAACCUGGUUCAGCAGGUCAAAAUCAAUCGAACUCGACAAAAAACGAUCAAUGAACUUUCAUUCCAUCAUACCAAUUUGCUUGAUUUUCACAAGUUGUUCCACGGGUACAUGUACAAACUAUUAUUUUGAACGUAAACGUUAUAUGUUAUCACUCAUAUGUUCAAUGAGAUUUCAGAGUUGAAUGUAAUUUAUAUACGUAUGAACAACCCAAUGACUUUUUUUUUCUAGUGUAUAUUCAAGUCAAACCGAGUUAAAAUGAUCGAACCAUUAACCCUUCACCCACCCCCAAUGAAUUUGACAACCUUGCCCACUACCAACACUGACUUUACACUAUUCCAAUUUGGAACCUUCCUUCCUUCCUUUGCCAUUUUCAGAUAAUUGUUCCUUCCUUCUUUCCUUCCCCAUCAUUGAGCUCGAAUCGAUUACUUUAAUCCAUUGUCACCUCCACAAUAUUAUAACAUAAACACACCACCUCCUGCAAGAAAAAAUGCAUAACAUGUGUGGAAAAACCAGAAGCUUCCCAGUUCCCAGGAUACACACAGAGAGAGCAAUCACCUGCAAAUAUAUAUAUGAACCCCAAGAACUCUGCAUUUCACCUUUCAACAGCUCUCCCCUUCCAUCUCUCAAAAAUCUUCCUCCCACAAAAUUACCCAACAAUGUACCCACAUCACAAUCUACACGGCGCGACCACCUGGGACUCCAAUUUGACCCUGGUUGACUGGAUGUUUCCCCAGCCGGAGACAACCUCGCCGGCCAGCUCCACCUUUCAUCCGCUGCAGCCGGAAAGCGGCGGCUGGGGCGAGCUGCCGCUGAAGCCGGAGACCAGCGCCGAGGACACGAUCAUCUACGGCGCGCUGAGCGAAGCCGCUCAAUUCGGCUGGAGCUGGAAUUAUUCCCCCUCCCCGCCAAACGCCGUCGUAAAAGAAGAAACGGUGGUCGUUUCGGUUCCCUCCUCGGCUGACAACACCGACCCGCAAACGGCGCCGUUUAAGAAGAGGGAGAAGAAGAUGCUGUACCGGGGAGUGAGGCGGCGGCCGUGGGGGAAGUACGCGGCGGAGAUACGGGACCCGAACAAGAACGGAGCCAGGCUGUGGCUGGGGACCUACGACGCGCCCGAGGGAGCGGCGCUGGCGUACGAUCGGGCGGCGUACCGGAUCCGCGGCGCCAAGGCGAAGCUCAAUUUCCCGCACCUGGUUGGGACCAGUGGGUGGGAGCUGGGUCGGGUGGUGGCCGGAUCUGGGUCGGGUAAGCGGCGGGUGGGAGGUGCUGAUUCGGAGGUGGAAACGACGCCGCCGUCGGAUGUGGGGAGUGAAGGGUACGGGAUGCCGCCGGCGGCGGCGGCGGCGGGGGUGGCGAGUAGCCGGACGAUUGAGUUCGGCGGGAGGAGUGACGAUUUCUCGGUUUUGAUGGGUUCCUGGAUGGUUAACAGCCAGAGUUUUGUCGAUUAGGAUGUUUUGUGGUUUUUUUUUUUAAUGUUCUGCGUUUGCAAUUUUUACUUUGACGGGUUUAAGAGUGUUGUAUUAGAAGCAAUGUACACUAUUUUUCUUUGCAUCGCGUCGAACGUUGAUGCAUGUCAAGUUUGAAAAAGGAAAUGUGACGAACAAGUAUGACAAGUUUGAACAACAAAACUCGAGAUGAAUAACAUCUCAGACGAGGUUGAUUGGAGAUGACUGACUCUCUCUUUGAACAACCUGAUGAUGGAGACGGUUGAUUGCUUCUUCUUGAACUUCGUGACGAAGACGGUUGAUUGCGUCUCUUGAACGACCUGACGGAGACGAUUGACUGCGUCUUCUUGAACUUCGUAACGAAGACGGUUGAUUGCAUCUCUUGAACGACCUGACGGGGACGGUUGACUACAUAUCUUGAACUCACUUGAUACAUCGCGAUCGACUUUAUGACUGAGCUAGUCGACCAACGUAUGUUGACUCCCUAUUCUCCCCCUCAAGCUGGAGCGUGAACGAUGGGCAUGCCCAGCUUGAAAAGUUAGAAUGGUGAGGACGCAAAGUUGACCAAUUCUGAACGCGGAGGGGACGAUCGCUUCCUUGAUUGUGACUGCCUCGCACCUUGAGAAGAAUCAUACGUUCCUAACAAAGCCUAGGGAAAGAAAAUACCUUUCUCCAUCAAUGCACAAAACUUGAUCUUCUUUCAUUGGCGGCUUUGUGAUCUUUAUGAAGAUGGCAGGACUACAACGGUAACAAAACUGCGUGACAUGUGAAGAUUGAACAAGUUCCACGAACACAAGGCAGGGGAACGAUGACAACUUAAAGGAAGAGUUGCUGCGGACGAAGAAAUGGCGGAAGGGAACUGAGACAAAGGCGUCUCCUGGUUCGUGGGCCUUGGGAGGAGACCGUCGAGCUCAUCAAGGCCUACCACGACAAGUGGUUCGCCGUCAACCGUGGCAAUCUUUUGGCUGCCAAAUGGGACGCCGCCACCGUCGCGGUGGCCGACUCCCCAACCCCUUCCGAACCUCCCAAAUCCGCCGUCCAGUGCCGACACAAGAUCGAGAAGAUACGGAAGCGGUACCACGCCGAGAAGCAGCGGUGCGUCAAUUUCCCAGGUCAGUUCUUUUCUUCCUGGGACCUGUUCCCUCUCUUGGAUGUCACAUCAUUAUUUAACGGUCUAGUCAGCUGUCCUGUUUGCCACGUCAUAAAAAACCGACAGAGUCUGACGGCCAGCGACUAACGGUGAAAUGAAUCAUAAAGUUGGUGGUGAAUAUGAAAGAAAAGUAAUUCGAGUGAUAAACGUUAAAAAUUUAUAUAAUUUGAGUGACCAAACGUGUAAUUUAGCCGGAAAAGAAAGAAUCAGAAAGAUGUUGCCAUAUGGGCCGGAUCUUGGUAGGAAGAGCCUCCGUUCGGCCAAAAAAUGUAUUGGGCCUAACUAGCUUUAAGCCCGGUUGGCCGGUUGGGUCCCAUUUAAUUAUCUUUUUUAUAAUAAAAAAAUUAUCCACUUUGAGCCAACCAAAAAAGAAAAAAUUACCACUAUCCAUCUAUACUGAUUAAUUAUCAUCAUACUUCAACUAUUUUGUGUACAUUUUUCAAGAUAUACUUGUGAUAUUUCAUGUAGCCAACAAUAAGUUUAUGUAAUAAAUAAUUUUAUGUUUUAUGAGAGAUUAACUUGUAUGUAUCAGGCAAUUUAUCAAUUAUACACUCAAUAAUUUUUAAAUAAUGUUUAGUCAUUGACGUAUGAAAUACACGUUUCAAAGUGAA